CCCCGUGGAUGGCUCCGCUUCCGGUGACAUAACGCGGGCCCCGGAAGUGCGGGGCCCAGGAGCGGGGCCCAUGGCCGAGCAGGAGGCUCCGGGGGCCGCAGACGCGGGGCCAGGCCCGGGCUCCGACUCCCCGGACUCGGACUCCGACUCGGACAGCGGCGCCGGCGCCUCCGGAGAGUCCGAGAUGGAGUUCCUGCGGACCCUGCUGUCGCGCACGCUGGGCCUGGGCGGCGAGGGGCCGGAGAAGGUGCUGGAGGAGCUGACGCUGGAGGGCGUGAGCCGGUUCAUGCUGAGCGACCAGUGCAAGAACGUCGUGUGCAUGGUGGGAGCCGGGAUCUCCACCUCUGCGGGGAUCCCGGAUUUCCGGUCGCCGGGCACGGGGCUCUACGCCAACUUGGCGAGCUACAACCUGCCGUACCCCGAAGCCAUCUUCGACAUCCGCUUCUUCAAGAAAAACCCCGAGCCGUUCUUCGCCCUGGCUAAGGAGCUGUACCCGGGGCAGUUCAAGCCCACCGUGUGCCACUACUUCAUGCGCCUGCUGAAGGAGAAGGGGCUGCUGCUGCGGUGCUACACCCAGAACAUCGACACGCUGGAGCGCGUGGCCGGGCUGGCGGCCGAGGACCUGGUGGAAGCGCAUGGCACCUUCUUCACCUCCCACUGCCUUGGCACCGCCUGCCGCAAGCAAUACAACCUGGACUGGAUGAAAGAGAAGAUCUUUUCCUCCCUGGUCCCCAAAUGUGACCAGUGCAAUAACGUGGUGAAGCCUGACAUCGUGUUCUUCGGGGAGAGUCUCCCCUCCCGCUUCUUCAGUCUCAUGCAGUCGGACUUCCAGAAGGUGGAUCUGCUGCUCGUCAUGGGCACCUCCCUGCAGGUGCAGCCUUUCGCCUCCCUUGUCAGCAGGGUUCCUGCCAAGACCCCCCGGCUCCUCAUCAACAAGGAGAAGACAGGGCAGAGCGACUUCUGCCUCUCGCUGCUGGGCUACGGCCCCGGCCUCGACUUUGACUCCGACAAGGCCUACAGGGAUGUGGCCUGGCUCGGGGACUGUGACGCCGGCUGUGCGGCACUGGCCGAGCUCCUGGGCUGGAAGACGGAGCUGCAGGAGCUAGUGAAGAGAGAGCACGCCGCCAUUGACACCAAGUCCCAGCAGCCCCCCAGGGACUCCGCAGCCGGCUCCACUCCCCCCCCGCAGCCGGCCCAGACGCCGGGGUCCUCGUCAGAGAAGAGCAGCGGUGCUGAGGGCAAGAAGGAGUGAGGGGGCAGACACCGGACUCUCGCUCGGACCGUAGCUGCUGUGUCUGGGGUGGAACAGACCUGACACGGUGGGGGGGAGCUGAGGGGCCUUUUUGCCCCAGCUGGGGGAGGUCUCAAGCCUUUUUGAGGGGGGACCUUGCUUCCAGUUAAAGACUAAAUGCCCCCCCCUCAAUCCUGGGGUCCUGUCCCAGGCCCCCCAGACUCUGUGGUCUUUCCCUGAUUAAAAAUGUAGGUUCUGGUUGUUCUCA